AUGCUUUCCAGCCUCGGGAACCCGCGCCAAGCGGCCGCGCAGGUCCUCAACUUUGCCCUGAUUCUGUCGUCGGCGUUUAUGAUGUGGAAAGGUCUCUCGGUUCUCAGCGACUCGCCGUCACCAAUCGUCGUCGUCCUCUCCGGCAGCAUGGAGCCCGCGUUCCAGCGCGGCGACCUGCUGCUCCUCUGGAACCGCAACCUGGUGACCGAGACGGCCGUCGGCGAGGUCGUCGUCUACAACGUCAAGGGCAAGGACAUUCCCAUUGUGCACCGCGUCGUGCGCAAGUUUGGAUCCGGGGAAAAGGCGCAGCUCCUCACCAAGGGCGACAAUAAUGCCGGCGACGAUACCGAACUCUACGCCCGCGGGCAGGACUACCUCGAGCGACAGGAUAUUAUCGGCAGCGUCAUUGGCUACGUCCCGUUUGUCGGCUACGUGACCAUUAUGCUAUCGGAGCACCCUUGGAUGAAGACGGCGAUGCUGGGCAUCAUGGGUCUCUUGGUCGUUUUGCAAAGAGAAUGA